UAAUCGCAUUGCUGUAGCACUGGCUGACCUCUCUCCCUCCCUCCCUCUCUCUCUCUCUCUCUCUCUCUCUCUCUCUCUUUUUGUUCUUCAUCUUCCUUGAAAGUAUUUGCCAUUCCUGAGUGAGUUUCCCAACAAGAUCAUCCCAGAGAGGGGGAAAGGCUUCUCCUGGCUCAUUUCUCUUUAGUUUCCCUACUGAUCCUUUGCUCUGAAUGUCCUACCUGUAAGUUUCGGGGGAGGGGACGUCUCUGGGGGUGGAUUUUUUUCCUCUCUCCUUUUUGAUCAAACUUUCCCCAUCUUGCUGUACCUUCAGCACGAACAUAACUAGCUCUCCAUUCCUCUGGGAAUCAAGGAUUAGCAGCUGGGGUCUGCCAUCAAAACCUAGAAAUGGUGAUCAAACUUCUUUUUCCCAACAAUCAAAGAAAUUUUUCCUUUUGUUAUGUAUGUUUCAUUUUUUGCUUACUUCCUCCCCUUGCUUUCCUUCCAGUUCAUUGGCUGGGAUGAUCUUUCCCUGUUGCUCCUGACAUUUCUUUCUUUUCCUCAAUGAGUCUGUCUACUUGUACUAAGGGAAAGAUAAGCACUGCACUUUGACUAUGGAAGCAGAGGCUACUGAUGGAUAUAUAACAUCAGGUGACAAUGAGCUUUCCCCUGAAAGGGAGCACUCCCACAUGGCUAUUGACCUCACCUCAAGCACACCCAAUGGGCAGCAUACCUCACCGAGUCACAUGACAAGCACAAAUUCAGUAAAGCUAGAAAUGCAAAGUGAUGAGGAAUCUGACAGGAAACCCCUGAACCGGGAAGAUGAGCUCAGGGGUCAUGAUGAAGGAAGCAGCCUGGAAGAACCCCUCACUGAGAACAACGAGAUGGUUGAUAACAGAAAGAUCCAGGAUCUGUCAAGCGAGGGAGGAAUCCGUCUUCCGAAUGGUAAACUGAAAUGUGACGUCUGUGGCAUGGUUUGCAUUGGGCCCAAUGUGCUAAUGGUACAUAAAAGGAGCCACACUGGUGAACGCCCCUUCCACUGUAACCAGUGUGGAGCUUCUUUUACACAGAAGGGGAACCUGCUGAGGCAUAUCAAGUUACACUCUGGGGAGAAACCUUUCAAAUGUCCCUUCUGCAGCUAUGCCUGCCGCAGAAGGGAUGCCCUCACAGGACACCUCAGGACGCACUCUGUGGGUAAGCCUCACAAGUGUAACUACUGUGGCCGGAGCUAUAAGCAGCGCAGUUCAUUGGAGGAGCACAAGGAACGCUGCCACAACUAUCUGCAGAAUGUCAGUAUGGAGGCUGCUGGGCAGGUCAUGAGUCACCAUGUACCUCCUAUGGAAGAUUGUAAGGAACAAGAGCCUGUGAUGGACAACAAUAUUUCUCUGGUGCCUUUUGAGAGACCUGCUGUUAUAGAGAAGCUGACAAGCAACAUGGGAAAGCGUAAAAGCUCCACCCCACAGAAGUUUGUGGGUGAAAAGCUCAUGAGAUUUGGCUAUCCAGAAAUUCACUUUGAUAUGAACUUGUCCUACGAGAAGGAGGCUGAGCUGAUGCAGUCUCACAUGAUGGACCAAGCCAUCAACAAUGCAAUCACCUACCUUGGAGCUGAGGCACUUCACCCCCUGAUGCAACACACACCAAGCACAAUUGCUGAGGUGGCCCCAGUCAUCAGCUCAGCUUAUGCUCAGGUCUAUCAUCCUAGUAGGAUAGAAAGGCCCACUAGCAGGGAAACAGCUGACAGUCACGAAAACAACAUGGAUGGCCCUAUCUCCCUCAUCAGACCAAAGAGUCGACCCCAGGAAAGAGAGGGAUCCCCCAGCAAUAGCUGCCCAGAUUCUACUGACUCAGAAAGCAGCCAUGAAGAUCGCCAGUCCUACCAAGGAAACUCUGCCUUAAAUCCCAAGAGGAAGCAAAGCCCAGCUUAUAUGAAGGAGGACACCAAGGCUUUGGAUGCCACAAAAGCUUCAAAGGGCUCUUUAAAGGAUAUCUAUAAGGUCUUCAAUGGAGAAGGGGAGCAGAUUAGGGCCUUCAAGUGUGAGCACUGUCGAGUUCUUUUCCUAGAUCAUGUCAUGUACACCAUCCAUAUGGGUUGCCAUGGCUAUCGGGACCCAUUAGAAUGCAACAUCUGUGGCUAUCGAAGCCAGGACCGCUACGAGUUCUCGUCGCACAUUGUUCGAGGAGAGCACACAUUCCACUAGGCCUUGUCAUCCAAAGGGGAAUCUUAUGAAGUAGAAAAACUGCACAUGAAGAAAUACUGCACUUACAAUCCCACUUUUCCUCAGAUGUUGACACACCUUUUGUUGUUGUUGUUGUUGUUGUUGCUGUUGUUUAUUAUUAACCUUAUUUUAUGGACCCAACCUCAGUCACUCUGCCCAGUUUAAGAACGGAAAGAAGGAAAACAAGGGAUGAGAAAGUUUCUUCUGUUGUUGCUGUCACUUUUGUUUUGGUGGCCUGUCUGAUGUUUUCAGUGGGAAUUGAAAGGCAGUCCAUUUCUGUCACAAUUAGUUGUAUAUCACAUCCUAUUUUGGGCACUGCUUAACCCUAAUAGGUGCUUUAAAGUCAAAAGGAGUUGCCACUCAUUUGUAGAUUAACAAUUUCAGGCAAAUAGGUAGAAACAUUUCAGAGGAAAGCUCAUUCAACUGUAUAGAUAUGGUAGGGGGUUGGGGAAGGGAGGAGUGGGGAAUUUUAUUCUGCAGAAUGAACAAUUAUUUUUAAAGUAAAACUGGUUUACUCUGGGGAUAUAGAAGCAUGAAUCAAAGUCAAUAUUCCUUGCAAAAUUACUUCCUAAGGUUGGCUGUUUUCAUGGGUUCGGUGUUUACUGCCCCUCUGGAAUGUAUAAAUUAUGUAUGUGUAACACUGUACCACAUAACAGCAGUUUAGUUUCAUAAGUCUUAGGGACCUCCUGCAGUAAGUUUGAGGACCUGUGUUUUUUAUUUUACUUAUGAAGCACCUUUUGUUAGAAUUGCUGAUUUGCUGUUAUUCCAUAACUAUGUGUUGACUCACUGGCUUCUUACAGGCUCCCUCAUAGCCUUACUUAGCUAAUUGCACCCUAUGUUUUAAGAAACAGCAUUUAGAAAUAACGGUUUUAACCUAGCUUCUAGGACAAUAGGUAACCUAGGAGUCUAUAAGAGCCUAUAGUUUACUCAAGAGGUUCUGCUGCUCUUUUAAAAUAAUUUGUUUUAAAAUUACCAAUGUACUAGUAGUGAAGUGUUCUUUAAAAAUAUAUAUAUAUAUAUAAAUAGAUAUAUAGAUAUAUAUAUAAAAAAUAUUUUCUCAUUCUGUCAUCUUCAGUGUUAACCUCUCAGCAGUAAGACUUACAGCUGGGAAAACACUAGGGUCCGGAUCAUAAAUUGGCAUUAAUCAUCAUAGUUCUCUUGACUUUGAUGGAAGUAAUCCAUGCUACAUCAAGAUCUGGUCCUCGAUAACCUCUUUUUCAGUAGAUCUUUGGCUUACUGAUUUGUGGAAUCAGUAACUACCUAGUAUUCUUUUCAAAUCCUUAAGUCCUCUUUGAUUUGAGGAUAGAAGCAUUUGCAAAUCUUGAUAUAUGACCUUUGCUCUAGGAGAGUGUAAAACCUAUUCAGAGAAACAGCUGUCAAUAUGAUUUAACUUCAUUUAGCACUUUGGAAAAAUGGGUACUUGAGGUAUAGGCACUGAGGUUUGGUUUGAGUUCAUAUUUGUGAGCUUUACUUGCUGCAGAAAAACAAAACAAAACAAAAAGCUAGUAUAAUCGUCCCACUGAGCUGCAAGCCAGACAGAGAACCAUGCAAACAGGGUUUAUUUUAUUGUUGGGUUUUUUUCUCAUUCCCAAUGCAAGACAGAACCACUAGUCCAAUAUUCUGUAGGUUAAGUUUCUCCUGAAAAAAUAAAUGCAACCCCAGUAUGAUAUAUUGUCAUUUAAACCCAAAUCAUCUUGCAUCAAACCUUGUUGAAAGAACCACCAAAAUAGAGCCUGAGCCUUAAACAUUUACAUGAGUGAGUAACUUCCUUCUCAUGAAUAGUCUCAUUGAGUUCAAUGAUGACUAUUCACAUGAGUAAAGUUACUCAGGUGCUUAAGUGAUUGCAUGACCAGCCCAUAAUGAAUUCCCAUUUGCUCACUUGAAUCUGCAUAUUCUGUGUACAUGCCAACUUGCUGUUCAUUUGAAGGGGUGCUGUUUCUUCUUAUCUUCCCAGACCUGGAGCAAUUGAAAGUAGGAGCUGAGUGGUAUUGAUUGAAAUCUUUUUAUGGCAACAUACUUGGCAGUUAGAAGCCCUGUUUAGAGAGGAUACAGUAGAUCGUGGCCAGAUUACCUGAGUACUACUUCCCGGCACUGAAAUGCUAUUAAGUAAGAGCUGGUAAAGUCUUGCAGUAGCCUAUUAAUUAUAAUACAAUAUAGAUAGAAAUGCUGCUUUAUGUAAUAUGAGAGCUAUCAAGGCUGGGAAUACAGGGACUUUAGAGAAACAGAUCUAAAGACUUAUUCCCAACAUUGUUCUUAGCUUCCUUAUAUGCCUUUCUUAGUUAGGAUACAGAUGAAGCUUGGGCAAAAUCUUAACUGCCCAUGUUCCUUCCUCCCUGAUUUGUGCCUGGCAUGAUCAAGGUAGGUUACAGCCUGCUGAUGACUUCUAAACUACUUAUUUGAUUCCAAAGGUAGCUGUCAAAGACCACGUACUCCUGGUGCUGAUGGGAAGAAAAGGAAACUGCAUUUGGACAGUGAAAUGAAAGAGGAUCCCUUCCUCUGCUCAGUUGUACUCCAUGGGGCUAUGAAUGAAUUUUUUUUUGUGUGUUAAGUAAAGGUUUGGGGGAAUGCUGAAUUCUGUGACACCUACUUGAGAACCCAUGGAGAUCUCCUUGCUGAAAGGGGUGGAAGGGAACAGGGACAAGAAGUGGCACUGAUCAGUUCAGCAUAGUUUCCUGGUGUUUCCCUUCCAUCUCUUUCACAGUCUGUGGAGGGCAGGUUUUGUAGGCAACCCUAAUGAUACAAUCUCCAGAAGCAGCCAUGUUCCCAUUGUGUAGAGAGGCAGCGGUACAUGUAGGAGACAGUCCCAGGCUGAUGUAAGUUUAGGAGAAAGCUCACUAAGUUUCCUCAUCUUACGCCGUUCUUUUGUGGAGAGAGGAACAUCUGGGCCAGAUCAGGAUAUAAGGCACAUCAGACUGGGCGUGUCUACACAUGCAUUCAUGCACUUUUCCUAAUACACAUUAAAUUUACUGUCUCCAAUAUGAGGUACUAAAUAAAUGCGCAUUAGACUGUGCUAAUUUGCAGUAGUGCAAGCACACUCUUUUUUAGGUGAUGCUUAAUGUGUAGUAGCCUAUUCUACUGCACAUUAGCAUGGAUUUUUACGUGCCGCUUUAAUUUGCAGUAAAAUAGGCUACUGUGCAUUAAAACGCACAAGUACAUGCCCCCACUGUUCACCAGCUACAAGAUCCCUUUCCUUUUAAAGGUGAUCACACAUUGAUUUCAGCUGUAGGAGAGUGGUCCCCAUAUAGGAGGUUUCAUGGGGCUCAAGGCAUUAAGAAAAUGCCUACCUGAGCCUAGGAGAAAGAGGGAAUCCAGCCCAUUGUUGCACUUCUAAGAGAGUGCAAUGUGUGCUCCACCCAAUGGCCAGUGUGAAGACUGAAGUGGAACACAGCCACUUCAGAUGUCUAGCACAAGGACACAAAUAUGCACUAGAGCCUGUGAGUGCAUGCACAGGAUAUGAAAAAAGGGGGAAUUUUUGUAGGUACCCAUGCAAAAACUUACUAGAAUGUGACCCACAGUUAAUGGUACAUUUUUUCAUUAAUGAUUCAUUCUCCCUUAGGGAAUGUUCAAUAGCAAUUUGAAAAAUCAGACUCAAAGACCUCAUGUCUUUAUUGUUAACUUUAGUUAAGCUAACACUUUUGUUCAGUUUCCAGCCAACGACAUAUUAUGUAUUGUGCUACUAAAUAAAUACUGGAAAGACCAAGGUAGCUCAGUGGUGGUAGUUCUGAGUGCAACCAUUAUGGGGAAAGCUAAUUAAGUAGAGGCUGGCAGGUUCACAAAACUAGCCUUGUGGACAGCAGUUUAUUCCCCUAAUACCACACUGAGGACCAGAAUAGGUACAGCAAGAUUUUAGUCAUUGCCUUUAGAUGUUUGCAUUUCCUGUCUAAGUCUAAGCAGGGGAGUUUAGAGGCACGCUAAUUUUUCAUCAUUUCUAUCUUUCUUAAAGCUCACCAAAAUGUGUCUUCUCUAAAAGAAGUGGAAAGGAUUUAGGUUCAUUUUAAGUUUGGGGAAAAUGUUAGAGUGGAUAUUACGUUAGCAUAAGCAGUUCAUGCAUCCUACUUGGGAUUUACAGCAGUGAGAGUUGUUCAGAGAAAACAAGAUAAAUCCUGAUUCUGCAAGUUGGUUGUUGCAGAUCACCCAGUGAGGCUGCAGGAUUUGGACCUUGGAAGAUAUAUUUGUCUCACUUGCUGUUUGCAGAUUUUUAAGAGAAGCUGUUGAAUUUGUCACAUGUAUUAAUUAUUCAUAGUAAUCUACUAAAAAAAAUCAGCAGGUAGUUUUGGGUCCAUUAAACAUUUACUAGCAGUGUAUUCCUUUUAUUUGAAAAUUUGUUAUUUCAGAGUUACCUUGUGUGUCUAAUCAAAACUAGCCAAGUUAUGUUUAACUCUUGGAAUCAAUUUCAAGUCAAAUACUUUUUUGUUUACAAAUUAAGAAUUAGCUUCCUAUGGGCAUUUCCCCAGCAUUCAAAAUAGCUGUUUCCAUAAACUGUCCUGCCAGUAAGCUUUUGCACUCCAUUUUAAGGCAUAAAGCAAGAUUUGGUCUAUACUGGUGUAACUCCAUUUAUGUAAAUAGAGAUGCAGCUACUUGGUUCUAGUCUGAUAUGACCCAUAGUCUCAGAGCUGUGUAUCUGUCAUUAAGACUAAUGAGUUUUACAGCCAUUUUUUUUUUUUUUGCAUUGAGUUAGGAAUGUAUUAGGAAUGCACAGAGAAAUAUAUAGGAUAUUACAGUAAAACCAGCUCUUUGAGAAGUAAUUAAUGGGAUUAAAGCAACCGCAUUCUGCUUAAAAAGUGCUUCCAUCAAUGAAGCAAAAUGAAUGGUGUCUAAGCAUCCUCUCUAUUUAGAGAGAGAACGAGACUCUUUUGUAAUUCAGCUUGUUUCUUCUCUGUAGUAGGUCUCCCAUUUUAGGGUACAAAUCAAAAAUUGUCCCUGUAUCAAUAGAGUUUAUAUAUCACAGACAAAGACAUUCACAAUUUUUCUUAUUCAAAAUUUGCUGUUUUACUAUGUAUUUUGCCAGCUUGAGGCAGGAAAGCAAAUUCAGCCACUGAGCAAAAUUCAGCCAUUCAGAACUUGGGGACAAUAGGGGGACUUAAAUGGCAUGUCUGUCUUGGCCCUCUAGAUGUUCCAUAAGGAUGCACAUUAAAAGAGGCCACAAAAUAACAAGCUGCUUCUACCUCCAAAAAACCAGUUUAUGCUGAUUUACCUAAUGAAGUUAGUGACUUCAACUAAGGACCUAAGUAGAUUGCGAAUUAUAAAGGUCCUCAGCUAGUUAACUUGCUUUUACCUCACUACUUUGAAGCAACUAUUUCGUGUCAUUUCAUUAAGAUGUGCAUUGGGAAGAAGGGUAACAUUGUUAGCAAAGCAAAGAUAGUCUUGAAAAAGUGAGAUGAAACUGGCUUUGGCUCAGUUGAAUUGUAUGUUAAUUUUAUAUAGUCUUAUUUAAAAACAAUUAAAGCCAGUGAUGAUAUGCAGUAUAGAGCAGCUGGAGAUUAUGUGCAUUUAUUAGCACAUUUGAAGUAUUAUAAACAAUUACAAGCAAACGACAGUUGUCAAGCUAAAUAAUCAAAUUGCGUUCUGAGAUGCUUUGUCGCUUUUAUCAUGUUUGUUCACUUACGGUCUUGUCCAACGCUAACUGAAGACAGUUGAAAGGACUGAGGUCCAUAUGCUUCAGUCCAAGUAAACAUUUUGGCACCCACCUACUUUCACACACCUAAGUACUCCCAGCGACCUCAUUGGGACUGCUGAGGAACUUCUGUAAGCAUGUCCUUUUUACUCCUCUCUUAACUGUAUCAGAGCCUUACUAGCUAAUUUGCGAAGUUCAGCAGCUUACAUUGAGUCUCAUCACCCAUAAAUUUUGAAAGUUCAAAAUUCUCCUAAAUUGAUGCAUUAGCCUUAAACCCAAAUUCUGAGUAGUACAUACUGGUAGACUGUCUUUAUAUCAUUAUUCAGAAGUAAAAUAUGGAGGUCCUCUGCAAAGCAGAAUUGAAAACACGGUCCCAUUCUAGGCAUGAAAGCCAGUUUGCAGUAAAUUGGGCCAUUUAGUUUUACCUCAAGUGACAAAGAGUAAGAAAAGCUUCUUGAAGGGGUAGAGGUCACUGAAUCUCCUACUAUGCACUUACUGGGAUUUGACAUUACUUACUGGAAAUGGGUGUUCAUUUCUGAAUACAUUGUAACAAGGGAAGGACUUUUAGUUAUUUUUGUAGUAGUUCAGAUUCUGAAACUGUGAUCAAUUAUUUGACUAAUUGUCAAGCGUUCUCAAAGCUUGAACAUAUUCACUUCCUGAUUCAUGUAGCAAAGUUUCCUUUAUUGCUUUCAAUUGUUUUCUCUUCCCCCCCCCCCCCCCCCCCCCCCCCACCUUUAGCUUAAAAGACUGGGCUAGCUGUUAUCUCCUGUAGCAUUGGUUUGUCUAGGCUUUUUUUUUUCAUUUCUCUCUCCGUUCACUGGCUGUACAGUCUGUUUACAUAUUUUUGUACUCAAGUGUAGUUUUAUAUUAAAAACAGGAAAAAAAAAAAAAGAUAGUUAAUUUGAGGGGAAAAAAACAUUAAGGUACAUAAUCUUUGUAACACUUUCAAAAAUAGGGUACAUACAGAGAUGACUCCACAGUUAUGUAACUGUAAUAUUGUAUAUUUGCCUUCCUUUUUAGUUGGUUUUAUUUUCUGGUUGUAAUUUUUUUUUCCUAAAAUGUAUAUCUUUUUAUGAGAGACUGGAAACUUUUAAUGCAAAUGUUUAGAAAGAUUUAAAAUUGUAAAGUAAAAGUCAUAUAAUUUUUUUUUCCUGUUGGAAGAAAAUGCUUUAAAAGAAGUUUUACUACUGUACUAUUCCAGGGUGGGGGUUGCUAACCCCAGAUUUGUUCUUGAUGCUUCAUUCUUGGAUUUUGCUCUCAAAAUAUGCUUCUUUCAAAUGUGGAAUGAUUGCUUAUAUUACUCAGUUAAAAAACAAGAAAAAACAAACCAACAAAGACCCCACAAAACACAACCUUUUUUGAUUAUUUUUCUGUUCAAGUGCAAUACUUGCCCUAAUGUCUUAAUAACGUACAGAUUUUUUCCCCUUUUCUCAGUCAACACAUUAAAAUGUUCCAUAUUAAACGCAGUAAAAGAUAAAAUUCAAAUAAUUAUGUAAAUUAAAAUAGUGAAACAAAGUGACAAAAGGUGAAAAGCUCAAAGCUAAGGCUAAUUCCCAUUCCUUAACUCCUGCUUUUAUUUGACAUUGGAACAAGGACAGGGUGUAUAAACUGAGAACAAACAUGUCAUUGCCUCUUUUUUUAUUUUCUUUCUUUUGUAACUGCAGCUUUUUUCUUGAGAAAGCACUUAAUAUGGCUAUUUAUUUAAAAACAAAACAAGACAAAAAGCACUGGGCCUGGUCCAGAGCCCACUCGGACUUCUCUGAGCUUUGACGAUGGAUUUUGGAUCAGAUCCUAAUGUCUAAGGCAAACUCCCCAUUUAUUCCACUGGGAGAGAUUUGCCUGUAUAAGUUCAGGACUUGUGUCCAUUAUCUACCUGAGAAACCAGAAAAAGCUUCUUUAGAGCUGUACUUGUCUUACAUAAGUUUAGAUGGGGUUUGUUCUACAUAUCAUACAUAUUUAUAUAUAGUGUAUUUUAAUGCCUUUUCCCCAGUAAACUGAAGCCGCUGUUCUGUAAAUAUGUAUUUAGGUACACAAAAAAGUCCCUGUGAGAUUUCUUUGAAAGGCAGUUACUGCGCAUGCACAGUAGCCACUUUUAUCUUUUAAAUUUGUAUUUGAUAUUUCUUUUUUAAUAAAAGCAAAGGUGAGGAGACUGAUUCUCCCUCCCCUUCUCCCCCCUCCACCCUGAUUGAUUGCCAAAAUUAUUUCCAAGACCUAUUUUGAGUUUAGAAAGUAAAAUAUGUUCAAACUGGUGAGCUUCACAGUUGUUGUUUUUUUUUUAUGCUUGCAGGGCCAAAUUCUGAUAUCCUUAUAUAGGUUGAGCUGCCCCUUUUUCCACAAAGGAGGUUUCAUUUAAAAGUUAAUGAGAUCGUUCUUGGAACAAGGUUUUGUGGAGUGUGAGUUCAGGAUGCCAGAAUCUGAUCCAUACCCUUGGUGUGUAUAAGAGCAUCUUUAAUGACUUCUGUGGAGUUGUACCCCAUUUACUCCAGGGCUGAAUUUGACACUUCUCAUUUCUGAUGAGGCAACCCAACUGAGUACUAAGGCAAACAACUUUCUUCCCGAGUUAAAUCUUUGGGCACUUUUACACGUGCUCUGAUGCAAUCUGACUAGAACACGACAGAGCAGACUUGAUUAGAUGAAUCUGCUCAAGCGUCCUAUUCAGAACGCUUCAGUAUGCUGCAGCAUCUUAUGUAUUAAGCAUCCCGUGUUUCAAAAUGGCAGGGGGGGAACUUUAACUAAAGUUUGUUGAAUGAAAUGUGGGACGCUGAAUACAUGAGACACUGUAGGUGUUUUUAAUUAGAAUGGCACCCAACAGCUGCUCUAAUUAAAAAGCUGCCUUCCCCCAUCCCAGAGCAUGUGUAUAGGCACCCUUUAGUUCUGUGUAGAUACUUUGCAUGCAGAUGAGGCUCCUCUAAAAUUGGGUUUUAGGGCUGGGUCCAAAAACCAGCAAAGACACUGGGACUCUUCCCACUGAAUUGAUGGUCUUUGGAACUUGUCUUUAUAACAAAAGUUUAGAAACAACCGUUAUUACAGUGGUCCCUGUGAACCACUCUAAAGCAAAUCUUAAUGCCCCUGCUGAACAGUUUUGCCACUGCAGACUGAAAUAUGAGACUUGCAUUUUCUUUUCCUUCUCUUUAAGCAUACAUGCAUACAUAUGGUUCCAUACCUGAAUGAGUGUUGUACAGCCACGGGAGAGUGCGAGUCUGUAUGUGUGUAUAAAUAAAAGAAGAAGCUGCAGAAACUUUGUAAUACUUUGUGAAAAGGAUUAUAUUAUAAAGUUUGUACUGUCUGAGUGCACAGCUACUGGAAUAAAUGUAGGGAAUCUCAGGAACAAGCAUAUAAUUUGUCCAAGACUUAUUUCUUCUCAGAAGUGUAAGUGCAGUUUUUAAUUCUGUAUAUUAUUUAAUAUUUUACCAAUAAAAAUAAACUUCUGACAUGAAA